GGGGCAGGAAGGUUGUGAAUGAUCCAGCCAAUUUCUUUUUGUUUAGUUGUUUCCUGGGGCAACGCUAGGUUGACAUGUAUGGAAAUAGAGUCCCAAUAAAGGGGACAGGAAGGAUUUAAGGAAGUUGUUUCUCCAUGGAGCCGUCAAGUAUCUACUUUGUAGUGAUAAGGGACAUUGAGUCUUAAGCUGGCUUGACCUGCCAAAUCCUAAAUAACCUGGAUUCCAUCCUUUCAACCCCAUGGCUCUCCUUGUCAACCCAGUGAUGUUUUAUGGCCCAAAGGCACACAUCUCAUGACACGCUGGAGAUGGGAGAUGGCUUCCUACAAGGGAACCUAGUCCUGAACACAAACUGGUGGCUUCUCUACUUUGAACUGAGCUAUCCCCCAAAUGAGGGGACCCUUUGUGUGGUGUUAGGUCCACCAACCCCACUCCUCCCUUGCUUCCGGUCCUCACUUGUAACCAAGGCGGGGCCACCUUAGAGCCCUGAGCAGCAGGCUGGCAAUUUGCUUCCUGCACCCAGAGCCACCAGCCCGCCCUGGGGAGGGGCCGAGCCCGCCCUGCUUAAGAUAAGACGCAAGGGCUGCCCUCUGAAGGAAGCUACAAAAAGGAAGCAGAGGUGAAGGAGGCGCCCAGCGGUUUGCAGGUGUUUAGGCUGAAGCCAGGAGUGACUGACACUCCAAACCCCAUCUGCAGCGCCGACCCCUUGCAGGCAAGAGCCGCUGCAGCCAUGGCGGGCAUGAAGACGGCUGCCGGGGACUACAUCGACUCGUCCUGGGAACUGCGGGUGUUCGUGGGAGAGGAGGAUCCUGAGGCUGAGUCAGUCACCCUCCGCGUUACGGGGGAGUCGCACAUCGGCGGGGUGCUCCUAAAGAUCGUGGAGGAGAUCAAACGUAAGCAGGACUGGUCGGACCAUGCCAUUUGGUGGGAACAGAAAAGACAGUGGCUGUUGCAGACCCACUGGACGCUGGACAAGUACGGUAUCUUGGCCGACGCCCGCCUCUUCUUCGGGCCCCAGCACCGGCCCAUCAUCCUGCGGCUGCCUAACCGCUGCGCCCUGCGCCUCCGAGCCAGCUUCUCCCAGCCCCUCUUCCAGGCCGUGGCUGUCAUCUGCCGCCUCCUCAGUAUCCGGCACCCCGAGGAGCUGUCUCUGCUCCGGGCUCCUGAGAAGAAGGAGAAGAAGAAGAAGGAGAAGGAGCCAGAGGGGGAGGUGUAUGACUUGACCAAGGUCGUCCUGGCUGGGGGCAUGGCACCUGCGUUGUUCCGGGGGAUGCCGGCCCACUUCUCAGAUAGCGCCCAGACUGAGGCCUGCUACCACAUGCUGAGCCGGCCGCAGCCACCUCCGGACCCCCUGCUGCUCCAGCGCCUGCCCCGGCCCAGCUCCCUGUUGGACAAGACCCAGCUCCACAGCAGGUGGCUGGACUCGUCCAGGUGCCUCAUGCAGCAGGGCAUCAAGGCCGGCGACACACUCUGGCUGCGCUUCAAGUACUACAGCUUCUUCGACCUGGACCCCAAGACAGACCCGGUGCGACUGACCCAGCUGUACGAGCAGGCUCGGUGGGACCUGCUGCUGGAGGAGAUCGACUGCACUGAGGAGGAGAUGAUGGUGUUUGCAGCCCUGCAGUACCACAUCAACAAGCUGUCCCAGAGUGGGAAGGUGGGUGAACCAACUGGCACGGACCCCGGGCUGGACGACCUGGACACAGCCCUGAGCAACCUGGAGGUGAAGCUGGAGGGGUCAGCGCCCACAGACAUGCUGGACAGCCUCACCACCAUCCCAGAACUCAAGGACAAUCUCCGGAUCUUCCGGCCCCGGAAGCUGACCUUGAAGGGGUACCGCCAGCACUGGGUGGUGUUCAAGGAGACCACGCUGUCCUACUACAAGAGCCAGGACGAGGCCCCGGGCGACCCCAUUCAGCAGCUCAACCUCAAGGGCUGUGAGGUGGUUCCGGAUGUCAACGUCUCAGGCCAGAAAUUCUGCAUCAAACUCCUGGUGCCCUCCCCCGAGGGCAUGAGUGAGAUCUACCUGCGGUGCCAGGAUGAUCAGCAGUAUGCCCGCUGGAUGGCCGGCUGCCGACUGGCCUCCAAGGGCCGCACUAUGGCGGACAGCAGCUACGCCAGCGAGGUGCAGGCCAUCCUGGCCUUCCUAAGCCUGCAAAGGACAGGCGGUGGGGGCUCGGGCAACCACCCCCAGGGCCCUGACGCUGCCUCCGAGGGCCUCAACCCCUAUGGCCUUGUUGCCCCCCGCUUCCAGCGAAAGUUCAAGGCCAAACAGCUUACCCCACGGAUCCUGGAGGCCCACCAGAACGUGGCCCAGCUCUCGCUCUCUGAGGCCCAGCUGCGCUUCAUCCAGGCCUGGCAGUCCCUGCCAGACUUUGGCAUCUCCUAUGUCAUGGUCAGGUUCAAGGGCAGCAGGAAAGAUGAGAUCCUGGGUAUCGCCAACAACCGACUGAUCCGCAUCGACUUGGCCGUGGGCGACGUGGUCAAGACCUGGCGCUUCAGCAACAUGCGCCAGUGGAAUGUCAACUGGGAUAUCCGACAGGUGGCCAUCGAGUUUGAUGAACACAUCAACGUGGCUUUCAGCUGCGUGUCUGCCAGCUGCCGCAUUGUGCACGAGUACAUCGGGGGCUACAUUUUCCUGUCAACCCGGGAGCGGGCUCGUGGGGAGGAGCUGGAUGAGGACCUCUUCCUGCAGCUCACAGGGGGCCACGAGGCCUUCUGAGGACCGUCUUACUGCCCCUGUCCCGCUCACCACCUGCCAUGGCCACUCAUAAGCCCACACGCACUGGAACUCACUGCCCCCACCCUCUCCAGACACGCAUCAAGCUGGGCACAUUCGCCCACUCACUGGCUUUGUGCAAACCAGGGACCUGGCUGGGCCUGACUCUGCCAUCCCCCAGGCCAGGGGAGUGGGCCCUGAGCUCUCUAGUGC